AUGUCAAGCCCAGCAGAGCCAGCCACCAACGGCAACUCAGUCCUGAAUGGCGACUCGUCUCAUGAUGGAUUCCCCGGUCUUCCCCCUUUCCCGGACGAUGUGCCGACUGCGCCCCUACUCCGCAUCUCGCUGGCCAAGCUCCUCGCGCAUGACCAGGACGAGUUGAAUGCGUUUUGGAAGGCGUGCUGCGAGCUCGGCUUCUUCUACAUCGACCUCAGGACAGGCAGUGGGCACGAUGACGAUAUCGAUGGUGAGGCACUACUCCAGGACGCAGAGAAGCUUUUCCAGGUGCAGGAAGAGUUCUUCGGCCUGCCGGUGGAAGAGAAGCUCAAGUACGAUUUCAAAGAGCAAGGGAGUUACUUUGGAUACAAGGGCUACGGCGGCGGCCUCGUCGACAAGUCCGGCACCCCCGACCGCAACGAAUUCUACAACACCUCCAAAGACGACAUCCUCGGCCUCUCCUCGCCCCUCCCCGCCCCCGAGAAUCUGACCCAAUACCGCCCGCUCUUCGCAUCCUACAUGCGCCGCUCGCACGCCGUCGUCGCCCUCGUCCUGCGCAUCCUGAACGCCCGCCUCGGCCUCCCAGACGGCGAGCUCGAGAAUCUGCACAGGCUGAACGCGCCCUCGGGGGACCAGGUCAGGUUUGUCAAGGCGCCGCCGCAGCCGCCAAGGGAUCGGCGCACGGCGCUGGGCGAGCACACGGAUUUCGGCAGCGUGACCGUCCUCUUCAACCGGCUGGGCGGCCUGCAGGUUCGGCUGCCGAGCCACAUCCGCCCCAUCGGCCCCGCGACUUCCGAGCACAGCAGCAGCAGCAACGGCGAUGCGGUCAACGGCAGCGUCGAGGUCGGCGGCGCGGCGGCGGAGAACUGGGCCUAUGUCCGCCCGCUGCCGGGCCACGCGAUCGUGAAUCUCGGGGACGCGAUGGUGAAGUUCACGGCCGGGGUGCUGCGGUCGAAUAUUCAUCGCGUGGUCAAUCCGCCCGGGGGCCAGGCGGAGAGCACGAGGUACAGCCUUGUGUAUUUUGCGAGGCCGGAGGAUGAGGUUGUUUUGAGGGCGUUGAGGGGGGGAAAGGUGGUUGAGGAGGCGGUGAGCAAGAAGCUGGGGAAGGGAGAGAAGUGGGAGGAGGAGGAGGUUAGUAGUAAGGAGUGGGUGUUGAGGAGGGCGUUGGGGAGGAGGGGCGUGGGGAGCUGGGAGAAGAGUGAGGGGACUGAGGAGGUGAGUUUGAGGAAGGGGCAGGAUGUUGGUGCGUAG